AUGGCCGACGAUCAAAAGGAGUUUCCGCUCAAAAAUAGACAAGCAGCCUGCACCAUUGACGGCGUUCAUACCGAGAUUCUUUUAACCGGGUUCCAGGACAAGAUUUUUGCCGUUAUUACACAGUAUGGCAGGAUUGGCAGUCUGAUUCAUACCACCUUGGAUAUUGCACCUCACCGGGCAAGCAAUCCAGCCAAUGUACCAACGACAGGUCAUUUCUUAUUUGGCGAGUCCACCGGACCGCAGUCCGACUUGUACAUGCUUUACGCCUCGUCUAUUAUGCAGGCUAUCGCCGCCAUGAAUCCGUACGAGAAACGACCGCUUCUGCUGGGAAUUGCUUUAAAGCCUGUCGAGGAUAUGAAGGCUAGAAAAGCGAUCUUUGAUCAAAUUAUCGAUGUGAUCAUGGCUAAUCCUGUAUGGUAA